CGGGGGAGGAGCGCCCGCCAGCCGCUCGCGCGCCCAACGGACCGGGCUGGGGCCGCGAGGUAACUGUUGCAGCCCGCGGGAGUUGGGAGGCAGCUACGAGUCUCCGGUCCCGAGAGGUGCCUGAGGGAAAAGGAGAAGCCCCUUCGGCCCUUUUCCACAGCCAGUAUGUCACGGAUCCCGCUGCUCCUCCGCCCGCGCGGUGGGGACCCCGGGCCGCGGCGGCGGGCGCAGCCCUGACGCGUUACGGAGCCGGGGGGCGCCCGCAGCGCAGGGGCAGGGGGUGAGGGAGCGCCAGUGGCCGCUGAAGUCCGAGCAGGGCGUGCUAGCCCCGCGGCCACCCCCGGUCCCGGCCAUGAGGAGGGACGAGCGAGACUCCAAAGCCAUGCGGUACCCGCAGCCACCGGACGGGGCCGGCUUACCCCCUGAGAGUAUGAGGAACGGCUACGUGAAGAGCUGCGUGAGCCCCUUGCGGCAGGACCCACCGCGCGGCUUCUUCUUCCACCUCUGCCGCUUCUGCAACGUGGAGCUGCUGCUGCCGCCAGCCUCCCCCCAGCAGCCGCGGCGCUCCCCCUUCACCGGGGCGCGCCUCGCGCUGGGCGCCCUAGCUGCCUUUGUCCUCGCCCUACUGCUCGGCUCCGGGACCGAGAGCUGGGCUGCCGGGGCUGCCUGGCUGUGGACCCUGCUGCGUGUCUGCUCGUUCAGCCUCAGCCCCCUCUUCAGCAUCGCCUGUGCCUUCUUCUUCCUCACCUGCUUCCUGACCCGGGCCAAGCGGGGCCCCAACGCCGGCCGGAGCAGCGGCGGCGGCUCCUGGUGGCUGCUGGCGCUGCCCGCAUGCUGUUACCUGGGGGACUUCUUGGUGUGGCAGUGGUGGUCUUGGACUUGCGGGGACGAAGACAUAGGGGCUCUGGCCCCGCACACGCCCCCGGCGGCGACGGGCAGGUUGUUCUUGGUGCUGAGCUGUGUGGGCUUGCUGACGCUCGCGCACAGGGUGAGGCUGCAGCACAGCAUCCUGGUGCUGCUCUUCUCCAGCUCGGUCUGGUGGGUCUCCGCCACUAGCCUCGGGUCGCUGCCCUCAGCCCUGCGGCCCCUGCUGGCUUGCCUGGUCGGGGGCGCUGGCUGCCUCUUGGCCCUGGGGUUGGAUAACUUUUUUCAAAUCAGGGAAGCUCCUCAUCAUCCUCGGUUGUCCAGUACCGCGGAAGAAAAAGUGCCUGUGAUUAGACCCCGCAGGAGGUCCAGCUGUGUUUCUUUCGGAGAAACUUCGGCCAGUUACUAUGGAAGUUGCAAAAUGUUCAGGAGACCUUCGUUGCCUUGCAUUUCCAGAGAACAGAUGAUUCUUUGGGAUUGGGACUUAAAGCAGUGGUAUAAACCUCAUUACCAGAAUUCUGGAGGUGGAAGUGGAGUUGAUCUUUCAGUGCUAAAUGAGGCUCGCAAUAUGGUGUCAGACCUUCUGACUGAUCCAACCCUCCCCCCACAAGUCAUUUCUUCCCUGCAGAGUAUCAGCAGUUUGAUGGGUGCUUUCUCAGGUUCCUGCAGGCCAAAGAUUAACCCUCUCACACCAUUUCCUGGAUUUUACCCCUGUUCUGAAAUAGAAGACCCAGCUGACAGAGGAGAUCGAAAACUUCACAAGCAGGGACUGAACAGCAGGAACAGUUUGCCAACUCCGCAGCUGAGGAGGAGCUCAGGAACUUCAAGUCUGCCACCUAUUGAAACUUCUGCUUCACGGUGGGAACGCAGUAAUGGCAAAAGGCCUCACCAAGAAUUUGGCAUUUCAAGUCAAGGAUGCUAUCUAAAUGGGCCUUUUAGUUCAAACCUUCUGACAAUCGCGAAGCAAAGGUCAUCUUCUGUAUCGCAAACUCACCAUAUAGGUCUAAGAAGAGCUGGUGUUUUACCCAGCCUGAGUCCUGUGAAUUCUCCUGGCCAUGGACCAGUGUCUGCUGGCUCUCUAGCUAAUCGAUCACCUAUAGAAUUUCCUGGUACCGCUGAUUUUCUUGCUAAGCCAAGUGUUAUUUUACACAGAUCUCUGGGCAAUGCACCCACCUCACCAGAUUUUUAUCAGCAACUUAAAAAUUCUGGUAGUAAUUUAUGUAACAGCUGCGGACAUCAAAUACUGAAAUAUGUUUCAACGUCUGAAUCAGUGUCUGGUACAGACUGCCACAAUGGAAAAUCAGGUGAUGAAGACAAUACCAUUUUCUCAAAAGAAUCACUCAACCUUACAGAAGCUCAACAAGAAGUGGAAACAGACAAAAGAGACUCCAGAAAAUUAUUUUUGGAAGGUGAUAAUCACCUCACAGAAGAGGCACAGAAUGAACAGCAAUCAAAUAUUGAACAGGAAGCAUCACAGGACCUGAUUUUAAUAGAAGACUGUGACUCAUUAAUAGAAAAGAUGAGCAACUGGAAUUUUCAAAUUUUUGAACUUGUAGAAGAGAUGGGAGAGAAAUCAGGAAAGAUCCUUAGUCAGGUUAUGUAUACCUUAUUUCAAGACACUGGUUUAUUGGAAGUAUUUAAAAUUCCCACUCUACAAUUCAUGAACUAUUUUCGUGCAUUAGAAAAUGGCUAUCGAGAUAUUCCUUAUCACAAUCGUAUACACGCCACUGAUGUCCUGCAUGCAGUGUGGUAUCUGACGACACGGCCGAUUCCUGGCUUGCAGCAGAUCCACAGUAAUCACGGAACAGGAAGCGAAACAGAGUCUGAUGGUAGAAUUAACCCUGGGCAAAUUGCUUACGUUUCUUCGAGGAGCUGCUCAAUCCCAGAUGAGAGCUAUGGAUGCCUGUCUUCAAACAUUCCUGCUUUGGAAUUGAUGGCUUUAUAUGUGGCAGCUGCUAUGCAUGAUUAUGAUCACCCAGGGCGGACAAAUGCAUUUCUGGUGGCUACAAAUGCCCCUCAGGCAGUUUUAUACAACGACAGAUCUGUUCUGGAAAAUCAUCAUGCUGCAUCAGCUUGGAAUCUGUAUCUUUCCAGCCCAGAUUACAACUUCCUUCUUAAUCUUGAUCAUAUGGAAUUCAAGCGUUUUCGUUUUUUAGUCAUUGAAGCAAUCCUUGCCACGGAUCUUAAAAAGCAUUUUGAUUUCCUUGCUGAAUUCAAUGCCAAGGCCAAUGAUGUAAAUAGUAAUGGUAUAGAAUGGAGCAAUGAAAAUGAUCGCCUCUUAGUAUGCCAGGUGUGCAUCAAACUGGCAGAUAUAAAUGGCCCAGCAAAAGUUCGGAACUUGCAUUUGAAAUGGACAGAAGGCAUUGUAAAUGAAUUUUAUGAGCAGGGAGAUGAAGAAGCAAAUCUUGGUUUGCCCAUCAGUCCCUUCAUGGAUCGUUCGUCUCCUCAACUAGCAAAGCUCCAAGAGUCUUUUAUCACCCACAUAGUGGGUCCCCUCUGUAACUCCUAUGAUGCUGCUGGUCUGCUCCCCGGUCAGUGGAUAGAAACCGAAGAGGAUGAUGAUACUGAAAGCUGUUACGAUGAAGAUGGUGAAGAAUUAGAUACAGACGAUGAAGAAAUAGAAGACAAUCUAAAUCUUAAGCCACAGAGAAGGAAAGGCAGACGGCAAAUAUUUUGUCAGCUAAUGCACCACCUCACUGAAAACCACAAGAUAUGGAAGGAAAUCAUAGAGGAAGAAGAGAAAUGUAAAACUGAUGGGAAUAAAGUGCAGGCGGAGAACUCUUCCUUACCUCAAGCAGAUGAGAUUCAGGUCAUUGAAGAAGCAGAUGAAGAGGAAGAGAGACAGUGUGAAUAAAACGAAGGACAUUGAAGGGCUGUGCCCAGUGUCAGAAAUCAAUUCCUAGUGUUCACUGUGCUGACUUUCAGCCAACCAUUCUCGUGUGGACAGGCCGUCAUACUGUGAGAGGAUCCCGCUGUGCCGGGUCAUUUCCCACUCUUACGCACUUUCACCACAGAACUAGAAAAUUAUUCCUAGCUUGGCUUCACUUGACUGAUGUCACAAAGCCCUUACUUAAAGCCUUCACUGGUAUAUACUUUGUCAUGAUACUGCUUUGCUGGGUAGAAAGCACUAAUUUUUCAUGAGGGGUAGCUUUAACCAAAAGCUCAAGUGACUGACUUCACUUUCUAAAGUGGCCAGAAUUUUUUUUGCUUUCAUGAAAAUAUGAUUCAUAUUGUAUUACCAAAUGUGCCCUUUUUAUCUUUGAGUGUCUUGAAAAAACAAAAAACAAAACUGCCUCUCUAAAAAGGAACCCAGUGUCUGCUUUCCGGGGGAUGUGUGCAGUGCAGUCACUGUUGAGUGCUGUUCUCCCAGCUAGAUUUAGCCAUGAAGGACUGAGUGACCUUUGUUAUAUUUAACAAAAUCCAAGCGCAUCAAUUUCUGAUGCUUUUUACAGUUGUUUAUUAUUUACUAAGUGUGUUUUAUUUCUGCUCAGAGUAUUCAGAUUUGUCCUGGAUGUCAGAAGUCUGAAUGCCAGUCUUUCUGACUUCAUGUUCUAUGGUCAAAUUUUUAAGCUGUUUAGGUUUAACAGUGAAGGAAUUUUAUUCUUUAGUCAAAACUGUUCUUAUUUUUACUGUUGCUCAGGAUUAGUAUUUUUAAACAUUCAAUUAAUAUAAUCAUAGCACAGAUUUUCAAAAGAAAACAACUUUUUCCUAGUAUUGUUACUAGCCUUUUAUGAAAUGAAGCAUUAUUUUCUCUUUUCUUAGACAGACAGUAUAAGGCUAAUUAAAGCCAAGGAAAAGAUGUGUCUUUUGCCUUAAUGUAAAAAUAAAAUGAGACUAAUCCUAUUAAAGAUAAAGAACAGAAGAAAUAGUGUGAGCUCUAAAGGAGAUGUGAAUUCAAUAAACAAUUGGAAUAUGUACUUACCUUUAGGUCUGCCUUAGGUGUCAUGUGUUUAGUAACUAAAACUGAUGUUGAUCUUUGUAUGAAUGUCCUUUUGCCUCAAGACUACAUGACAGAAAUAAUCUGUAACUAAAAAAAAGGUUCUGGAGCAUAUGCAAAGUCUAAUUUCUGAGCUAAAGUAAAUGGUGGGAAUACUUAUUUAAUUUUUAUAUAACAAGUCUAAAUAUUUUAAUAAACCAUUUCGUGCAAAAGCACAUUGUUAAGGUAACUGCAAAGAAAGGGAACAUAUUUACAAUGUAUAAAUUUGUAAACAGAAACUACUGUUGGGGUACAGAUAUAUAUUCUGGUUGUGAAAAAGUUUUGAAGAUAUAGAGAACAGCCAAAAUGAUAGCAAGAUGGUAGACUAUUGUUACUCGUGGAAAGCAUAUUAUAUUUUGGAUCCGUUGAGCUUUUAUAGACAUUGGAAUUAUUAGUUUUCCAAGGCAAUUCCUUUAAAAUUGGUGUCUGCAGGCAAUUUCUUACCUACCUAGAACAGAAUAGUUGGCUUAUCUAAAAGCUAUCAGUUAAACAUCUAUGGAACUGUUGAAUGUUUUGAUGUAGAGUAUAAUUUUUAAUGAAUCACUAAGCUUUAUUUAUUAGACAUGGUGAGUGCCAAGUUCCUUCCUGCCACUCUUGCUACCAUCGCCACCUCAUCUGUAAACUGGUCCCCCAUUACUACGUAAUAAAAUUUUAACUAAUUUAUUGAGUUUGCACUUAUAAUGUAUAUAUCUUGUGCUUCUAUUUCUUUAGAGUGCAUUUUGCACCUUGCAUAUUUCUGCUAUUGCAAAAUACAUAUAUGUGUAUAAAUUCACACGUGUAUGUAUGCAUAAUGAGACAAUCAAAGUUCCUUACUUCCUAUUAUUUUAUUAAAAUUUUUAUUGGGGUUAUUUAGUGUAUAUUUGUAUUUUCUUAAAAUAAGCAUGUUUUUGUACUAAAAUGCUAUUAUUGGAAACUCAUUUUCAAAUAAUUUUUUAAAUUAUUUAAAUCUUUGCUAAAUAAUUGACACAUUAAAAUAGCCCAAAGAAACACUAAAAAGUAUCCUUGCUGUGAAAGUUAAACUCAACUUGUAAGUAAUGGAUAUAAGAGUUUAUUAAGUAUAUACAGUGCUCUUAAGAUGGAAUGUUGAGAAAUUGCUCUCUAAGCCAUACUAUAGAUCUUAUUUUGGUUACUACUCAAUCAGAUUUUUAUUAUAAUAAUUUUCAUGAAUCUGCUGUUUUAAGUCACUGCUCUUAGAAAUAAUCUUGUAGUACUAU